UGAACUGCAGGCGAGGGUUUCACUGUGCCUAAUUGUUUUCCUUGUCGUUACCUUACGCAGUAGUACCACGGAGCAGGCAUCCAAAGGGAGCAUCCUGCACCAUGGACGUCGUCACCAUACCAAAGCCGUGGAAAUUAUUUCUAAAGGAAAAAAAUAUUUUUCUUUUAUGCCUUUUUCUCUUAAACCAUGUUUCCAAAAUGAAUGCAGAGGACAGUGGAAUAGAAGAACUUGCCACCGAGAAAGAGGCUGAGGAAAGUCAUCGGCAGGACAGCGUGAAUUUAUUGACAUUCAUUUUAUUGCUGACAUUAACUAUUUUAACCAUCUGGCUUUUCAAACAUAGAAGAGUCCGUUUUCUUCACGAAACUGGCCUGGCAAUGAUAUACGGCCUGUUGGUUGGGGUGAUCCUGCGCUAUGGCAUCCCCUCCACCAGCUACCACCACAAGACGCCCCCUAGCUGCAUGCUGAAGGAGGGGCCCGUCUCCACGCUGCUGCUGAACGUCAGCGGCAAGUUCUUUGAGUACACGCUCAAGGGCGAGAUCAACUCGCACGACAUCCACAAUGUCGAGCAGAACGACAUGCUGCGCAAGGUAACCUUUGAUCCGGAAGUAUUCUUCAACAUUCUGCUGCCUCCAAUCAUUUUCCAUGCUGGAUAUAGCCUCAAGAAGAGACAUUUCUUCAGAAACCUGGGCUCCAUCAUAACUUACGCAUUCCUAGGAACAGCAAUUUCAUGCUUUGUCAUCGGGAAUCUGAUGUACGGUGUGGUGAAGCUGAUGCAGGCCAUCGGUCAGCUGACUGAUAAGUUUUACUACACAGACUGCCUGUUCUUUGGAGCCGUCAUCUCCGCCACUGACCCAGUCACGGUGUUGGCCAUCUUUAACGAGCUGCACGCCGAUGCGGACCUGUACGCCCUGCUGUUUGGAGAGAGCGUCAUGAACGAUGCCGUGGCCAUCGUCCUCUCCUCAUCUAUCGUGGCAUAUCAGCCAAGUGGAGCCAACACACACACCUUUGAUGCGGCGGCUUUCUUUAAGUCGGUGGGCGUUUUCCUGGGAAUCUUCAGUGGUUCCUUUGCCAUGGGCGCAGUCACUGGCGUUGGAACAGCACUGGUCACCAAGUUCACUAAGCUGCACUGCUUCCCUCUGCUGGAGACCGCCCUCUUCUUCCUCAUGUCCUGGAGCACCUUCCUGCUGGCAGAGGCCUGUGGCUUCACAGGGGUGGUGGCCGUGCUGUUCUGUGGGAUUACCCAGGCCCACUACACGCACAACAACCUGUCUGAGGAGUCCACCAAGCGCACCAAACAGCUGUUUGAGGUGCUGCACUUCUUGGCAGAGAACUUCAUUUUCUCCUAUAUGGGCCUGGCCCUGUUCACCUUCCAGAACCACAUCUUCAGCCCCAUCUUUAUCUUGGGGGCUUUUCUGGCCAUCUUCAUCGGCCGGGCCUCCAACAUCUACCCGCUGUCCUUCCUGCUCAACCUGGGCCGCCGCCACAAGAUCAGGGGGAACUUCCAGCACAUGAUGAUGUUCGCAGGUCUGCGAGGAGCCAUGGCGUUUGCGCUGGCAAUCCGGGACACGGCCACCUAUGCCCGCCAGAUGAUGUUCACCACCACCCUCCUCAUCGUCUUCUUCACCGUCUGGGUGUUUGGUGGUGGCACCACUCCCAUGCUGUCCUGGCUGCAUAUUAGAGUGGGCGACGUCCAGGAGGCGCGCUGGAAGCAGGAGCCAUCGUGGUGGUACCACAGGGUUGGAGUGGACGACCAGGAUCUCCAGCAGUGUGGGGACAGCUUCCAGGUCCUGCAAGGAGAUGGUGCUCAGGGGGAGGGCCCAAGUAAGACGAAGCAGGAGAGCGCCUGGCUCUUCCGCCUGUGGUACACCUUUGAUCACAACUAUCUGAAGCCCAUCCUGACCCACAGUGGGCCACCCCUCACCACCACGCUGCCAGCCUGCUGUGGUCCACUGGCCCGAUGCCUGACCAGUCCUCAGGCCUAUGAGAACCAGGAGCAGCUCCCCGACAACGACUCGGACCUCAUCCUGAACGACGGCGACCUGACCCUCACGUACGGCGACACGGCCAUCACGGCCAACGGCGCCUCUGGCGUGGACGGGGCCUCCCGGGGAGCGGGGGCCGGCGGCGGGCCGCGCUGGAGCCUGAACGGCCGGCGCAGCGGCAGCACGUCGGAGGAGGCCCUGGAGCGCGAGCUGGACGCCCGCGAGCAGGAGCUCAUCAGCCGCGGCACGCGCCUCGUCUUCCCCAUCGAGGACCACGCCUGAGACGCAGUCCCCCAGCGCAACCCCAUUAUGUCUCCAACCAACCCAACCCAAUCCAACCCAACCUUACCCAACCCCUACACCCUAAAAACGGACAGACCAGCCCCUCUC